AUUUAUACAUCUUAAAGUUUGUUGUUCAUGACUACUGAGAGCAAGCUCAUCGGCACUGAUUGAUAUUUGUGAUAUAAAAAUUUUAUUUGCGUACAAGUUCGUAAUGUUUUCACGAUUUUGUCGACUACAACUAAUACCGUGAUUGGUUUUGCAAUCAAAGUUAAUUACGAUAAUAUCGAGAAGUGCAUAAUAUCGACAUAUAUUACGUAUUUCUCGCAUAAACAGUGUGUGAAAUUAGAGUCUUAACCUCGUAAAUAACGUUUCGCAUUCGACGAUAUAUUAAUUAUCUACUACUUAAAAUUGUAAAAGUGAUUGAAAAAGAUCCACAUCAAAGAAAAUAACAAUGAGUCCUUUAAAUCGAGGACCUCUGCUAGGGCCAAGAGUCCCACCCGCUGGUAUACGACCUCCACCACCUCCUAGAUUUGGUGGUAGACUUCCACCUCCUGGUUUACCUCCAAGAAUGCCACCACCUCCAAUGAAUCCAGUUUUUGGGCCAAUAAGACAAAGAUUACCACCACCACCACCACGACCAGUUGGAGUAAAUCGACCAAAUGGACCAAUGCCACUAUUUGGUCCAAGAGUCAGAGGUAUUGCUCCUAUGGUUCCACCGAUUAGCUUAAGAGGUAUAGGACCUAGAGGACCAUUAAUGAGGCCUUGGCACAGAAGAGCAUUACCUCCUCAGAUUUUAUCUCAUAUGAGACCAAGAUUUUCAGUUGGCAAUGGCAAUGCAAAAGGCAAAGCACUGAACAAUGUAAAAAAAGUCAGUAAACUUGAAGAAUUAGAACUAAAGAAACCAUGGAUGACUGAUGAAAUUCGAAGUGAAAUACAAAAGAAAAAUAAGUUGUAUGCUAAAGCAAAAAAGAAUAAAGAUGCAAAAGAAUGGGAAGAAUUUAAGGAUUUAAGAAACAAAGUAACAAGGAUGAUCAGAGAUGCUAAAAAUGAUUAUCUUGCAAAACAUCCAGAACAGGCUCAUCUUUAUCCAAGUGAUGAAGAACCAUAUGAUCAAAGAGAUGAAAAUUACAUCAGUUCAGAGGAUGAUGAAUCAUUUUAUUGUGAAAUAUGUGAUAAAGAUUUUUCAUCAGAAGAUGCUCUUUCUGAACACAAAACGGGACAUAAACUUUGUGGUAUUGAUGGAUGUACCUUCUCUGCUCAUCCAUUACUUAUUGAAAAGCACAUUAUUAUGCAACACAAUACUGGUUUGUAUCAUAAAAUAAAAAAUGUAUCAACUCCAGAAGAGAUUGAGAAGUGGAUAAUGGAGCGAAAAAGGAGAUAUCCUACAAAAGCUAAUGUUGAAUUGCGAAAGGCAGAGGAAAUGGAAAAGGUACAAAGAGGGGAAAUAAUUAAACAGAAACAAGAGGUUACUAAACGGAAAAGAAAAAAUUUUGUACGCUCUAAUAAUAAAAAAACAGCAAUAAAGAAGGAGCCUAUCAAGAUAUCUAACAAUUUUGUAGAACUGAAAGAGAAAUACAGGGGUGUAUAUCAAUUUUCUGGAACAUUAAGCUUAAGAAAUGAAAGUUUGCAAGUAGAAGAUCAAUCUAAUAACGACAUUAAAGAUGACUACAAGGAAAAUAAUAAUUAUAUUUCUGAUGAAGAGGAAACAUUAGUUGCAUUACCAAAAUUUACUGUUGCUACUUGUAGUAUACCCAAUUUAGUAGCAGAUUAUGGAAGUGCUUCCGAAGAAAGUGAUGCACCCGAAGAAAUACCACUUAAACAAAUAAAAUUAAAUAAUGACAUAAUAAUAGAAGAAAGUAGCGUAAUGGAAGAAAUUGUUGAUAAAAAUGAAGCUGUUGAGAAUAAUUUGCAGUCAACAGAUAUAGUUCCUAAAAUUUCUAAGAUUAAACGGCCUAUUACAAUAAAACGAAAUUCAAAUAUAACGAUAAAUAAGAAACAACCAUAUACGUCCCAAUUAUUAGAAAAAUUACUUUCAAGAUCUAUUCAACACGAAAGAAAUUUAAUUUGCCAAUGUAUAAAAUAUAUAGUAGAUAAUAAUUUUUUUGAAUAAAAUUUUGUAUUUUUAUCCGUAA